UGUUUGAAGAACUUAACUGAUUUAUCAUCUUUUGAUUUGAUCAGGAUGGAUGAAACAAAUAACUUCAAACCAACAGAGACUGGAAGAUUAAUGGCGUGGUAUUAUAUUGCAUUUGAUACAGUGAAACAAUUUUUCACUAUUAAGGGAACAGAGACUUUAAAUGAAUUGGUUACAAUGAUCUCCAACUGCACAGAAUUUCUGGAUGUCAAGUUAAGAACAAAUGAAAAGAAAAUACUGAACUCUUUGAAUAAAGACAAGAGCAAAAUAACUAUCAGGUUUCCAAUGGAGGGGAAGAUAAAAACAAGAGAAAUGAAAAUAAACUGUCUUAUUCAGGCUCAGCUAGGAUGCAUUCCUAUUCAAGACUUUACUUUGACACAAGAUACUGGCAGAAUAUUUAGAAAUGGAUUAAGAGUUACUAGAUGGUUAUCUGACUUUCUGGCAUCAUGUAAGAACAACUUUUCUGCUUUAUUAAACUCGUUGAUUUUAGCAAAGUGUUUCAGGUGCAGACUUUGGGAAAAUUCACUUCAUGUGUCUAAACAAUUGGAAAAAAUUGGUGUAUCACUGUCAAAUGCCAUGGUAAAUGCUGGGCUGACAUCAUUUAAAAAAAUAGAAGACACAAAUGCAAGAGAACUUGAAUUGAUUUUAAACAGACAUCCUCCUUUUGGAAACCAGAUAAAAGAGUCUGUCUUGCACCUUCCAAAAUAUGAACUUGAUAUUGAACAGCUUCCAAAAUACAGUGAUACAUUGGCUGAAAUCUUGGUAACCGUCAAAUUAACAAACUAUGAGCAGCUACAGACUAAGAGAACAGCAACAGACUUUCACUAUGUUACACUGGUCAUAGGAGAUGCUGACAACCAAGUAAUUUUUAAUCAGAAAAUUAUGGAUUCUGUGCUGCUGAAAACUGGAAAUUGGAUGAAGAAAAUUGAAGUGAAAAGAGCUCUUGAAUCAGAGGACAUUAGUGUAAAUUUAAUUAGUUCUGAUUAUGUUGGCCUUGAUAUACAGCAAGCAUAUACAGCCUUUUACUUAACACCUAAAACAGUGGGAAGUAAAGUGGUUACAAAUCAAAAACUGAAAGCUGAGUCUUCACUUGAUAUGUGUUAUGGGUCACCACGAAGUCUGCCAGCAGCUAAAGUAGAUACAGGAGGUAGAUCUAAACAAGAGAUUACCUACAAGAAAUAUGGAAACAGAGAAUGCAACCAUCGCUGUAAAAAUAAAGAUGCGUGUGGACAUGACUGUUGUAAAACUGGAGUACUUCCAAAGUCUGAGAUGAAUGGAGAUUCAAAAUUUUCUUUGUACCUAGCUGAUUUAAGGAGCAGAAACUCAAUUUCAUCUGUACCCCCAGUAAAACGGUUAAAGAUGCAGAUGUUAAAUCAGGCUCAAAAUGUGGAUCUCAAACAAUUUGCUUUUACACCUAAAUCUUUGUUGCUGGAAUUGCCAAGUUCUAGCAAUGGACAGUUGUCUUCAUCACCUUCAGUGGACCAGGGAGAUAAUGGUAGUAGCUUAGGAGGAUCUCAGAAACAACUCCAACCCUGGAAUUAUGGAAAGAGUAAUAUUUUGGAUGUGGACUUUGCAAUGAGAGAUGAUGUUUGGGAUGAUAUUGAUGAUGAGAAAUUAGUAUUUGCUAGCAACUUUGCCAGUAGAGAAUUAGAUGAGUGUGAACCACUUUACCAAUAUACAAGAAGCAAAGCCACAAAUGACAUUUCAAAAGAUUCAUGCACAUUACAGGAUGAGAGCAGUAUUCAAAACUCAGUUAUUCCUGUGGUUAAUAGCACAUUGAAAGUGAAUUUAUCUGUACAGAGCGGAAAUAUAAAUAUGUUCAGUUUUCAAGAAAAAAAGCAUUCAAAUCCUUCACAAGAGCUGAAAAACAUACAGUGUUCUUCGAUCUCAAAAACAAUCUCAGACUCUUCUAAAUUCACUACAAAAGAGGACUUUUUUAUUUUCACAAAAGAACAGGAAAAACAAUUAGAUCCCAGAUAUCUUCUUGAUGAUGAAAUCAAUGAUGUCAAGCCCUUUCUUGGAAUAUUUGAUGGCAUUUUGUAA